AUGGAAGGGGAAGCGUUUCGGUAUGAUCCAGCCAACAACUAUGACAGUCAUCCUCAACUUUAUAUUGGACAAAUGAGCGAUGUUUGUCCAUACUGUAAUGCCCUCAAGUGGCAUGCAGAAACACGAGCCCAAUAUCCAGCAUUUGAACCUUCAUCUGAUAUCAACAUCAUCCACAUCCAUUAUAAAUCCAAUCUGGACACAUUAAAUGAAUUAAUUGUAAAAGCACAACAAACAAAACGAUACACUCUCGACACUGAGGGUGCAAAAAAUAAAAAACAUGAAAAAGGUGCAUUAAUACAAAUACAAUUCAUACAUUCAAUCAAUUACUCGACCAUAAUAAUAAUUGAAACAAAUUAUUUACCUGAUCGGCAUACGAUUUUAUAUGAAAAAAUAAAAGAAUUAUGGUCAACAAUAUUCAGCAAUUACAAUGAAAUUAUUACAUGGGGUCCAAUAGAAGAUGAAUUUAAAGAAUUUCUACAUCUGGAUUUUAACCAUAUAGGUAAGAAUAUUGAAGAUACUGAUUUACAAUCUUUGUUUAGAUCAUGGUAUAAUGAACAACAAAAAACGCAUCCAGAAAUGGAAAAGCGUGAUGAUGAUGGUACAGACGAUGAUGAAGAAUUAGAUUCAACAACUUAUGAUGAUGCAACAGUAUGGUCAUUACAAAAGGCAAUCGAAGUAAUAUUUAAAAAAUUUCUCGACAAAUCAUUAACAGUAAACUGGUGGCAAUGUGGUCUUGAUUUAAAAUUAAACACUUGGAAGAACCAGUUAUUCAGUCGACAUAAUUAUGAUGAACGAAAAGAAAAACAAGAACGAUUUAAAAUGGUACAAUAUGCAAUAAAUGAUUGUACUUCAGUCGCUGAACUAUAUUUCCAUAUGUAUCCAGGCAAAUCAGAUGACCAACAAACACCUCAAGUACGACCAGCAACAACACGAACAAUUACAUUAAAAACACCAGCAAUAACAUCAACAAAUAUCACAAAUAUAUUAGAAGAUAAAUUGUCCGAUAUUAGUGAAGAUGAAGUUAUUGAAUUAUUAAAACCAAAAUUUAAUAAAAAAGAAGAUGCUCCACAUCAAUCAAAUUAUGAACAAGGUGAAUUAAUAAUAACAACAACAGAACAAGAAAUGAAUGAAUUCGACUCAAAUGAACAACAACUGCAACAACAAUCAUCAACCACACAAACAACAACCACAACAGUAUCAAAAUCUGAAAGACAACGUCGGAAAAACAUGAAACUAAAAUGGAAACAACAGAACCGACCAGACUUCCAAAAUAAAUUAAAACGACCAAUAUAUUAUAAAUAUGACUUUAGAAAAACACGAGCUCAAUUACGUGAUGAUAACAUACAUACAAGUCAUCAAAUAACAAUCAACCGUAAAUAUAAUGAAGUUAUUAUUGGUUUUAAAUCCCGACAAGAAUUAGAACAUGCAAAAAAAACUAUAAAAAUAAAUUCUUUUUUUUUUNAUACUAUUGAAUUCUGA